UCUGUACGUGUUUAAUACAUAUCGAUAAAACAAUUCACGGGGCGAGACUGUGUAAAUAAUAUAAUUUUAUAUCGAAGAAGAAUUCAAUUUACUGUGGUUGUAUCCGAUACACAGGAUUUCUGACUGCACAGUUAUAAUAUUUGAGUAACAUUCUAUUGGCAAUUUUUUUGAAGGUCUCUGACCCAUUAUGAAAUACAGGGACGAAGAUUAAUAUUGUUUAUAGGUGGAGUGAAGUGUGUUGGCAAGUCGGCAAGUCGUCAAGUACGUGCAAAGCAUUUAAAAUACAUUAGGCAAUUCGCAGGGAGUGAUUUGGUCGGUUACAAUGGCGCAGGAGGGAAAUUUCAAUUGCAUACAAUAGGGUUUCUAUGACAAUGCUUUAAUUCAGCAAUGUCUACGUCGCUGAAGUACACAUUGGUAUAAAUCGGUUUUGAAAUUGAAGGAGCCUUCAGUUGUAUGUACAAACUAUCGAGAGGAAAUUCGUACAAGAUCAGUAGUCACUUCGACAAUUCAUAUAGUGAAUUUUACAGUGAAUUUGCGUGUCGCAUUUGUUAAAAAUACCAUUAAACAUGAAAGGAUACAUUGGAUAUUUGGUUCUUUGCAUUUUCCUGGCGAAAGUGCAAUGUAAGCCGCAGAUCACGAAACUAUUUCCCGUUAAGGAGUUGGCAGCGUUUCACGAAAGAACGAAUGAAGUGAAUCCUCUGGAUAAAUUACUUGGAAAAUUACGUGCAACCUACAACUUCGUUUUUCAUAAACCGGAAGAUACAAGUAACGUAGAAAAGAUUCUGUCCAGGGAUCCAUCAGAUCCAGACGUGGAAGCCUUGAAGAAGAUAUGGGCGAACGUGGCGCCGACUGUGGCAAAUAGUAGUACUAAGAAUAAAAAUGCAGACGAUAGAUCGUAUGAUGUAUCUGAAGAAUCUAAGAAAAAUUCACUGUCAACCGACGAAAAAGCUUCCGCUGUUGAAACCAGCACUUCUACCGCUUCUAAGGACGAUUGGCUCGAUGAUAUAGAAGCGCCAAAACAACUGGAUCAAUUAGAGUUGACAGCAGACUCUGACGAUGACAGUUCUGUAGAAUCUGUCACUCCACAUUCAACACUGCAUAUUCCUGUGACGGUCGGUCGCCAUCUUCUUGAAUGGCUUGGCUCACUUUUGGGACUUACCUAUGGGGCCUAUGCGAAAUUGGCUUUGGCCAUUAAAAAUACAUGAGUCUCCUUCUACAAAAUAAAAGUAUUACAAUGUAAUAGUGUUUCUUUAAAUUUAAUUAACUUUGAAUCGAAAUAUUCUAUAAAUUGUAUAGCAACGGUAUACGUAUUCUGUAGAAUUGUAUGAAUAAUAUGUAAUUUGAUGUAAAUGAGGAAGACAAAUAAUACAAGUAUAAAAAGAU